AGGGAAAAUGUAUAGAGAUAUUGUUGGGAGUGCAUACUAUGUGGCCCCAGAGGUCUUGCAGAGGAAAUAUGGGAAGGAAAUAGAUGUCUGGAGCGCCGGGGUCAUUCUAUACAUUCUUUUAAGUGGAUUUCCUCCAUUCUGGGGUGAAACUGACAAAGACAUAUUUGACGCAAUUAAAGAAGGGAACCUUGACCUACAAAGCGGUGGCUGGCCUUCUAUUUCUUCUGGUGCCAAGGAUCUCAUCAAGAAGAUGUUAACGAGGGAUCCCAAAAUGCGAAUUACUGCUGCCCAAGCCCUUGAACAUCAAUGGCUCAAGGAAGAUGGUGAAGCAUCCGACAAACCUAUUGAUAAUGCAGUUCUAAUAAGGAUGAAGCAAUUCAGAGCAAUGAACAAAUUGAAGAAGCUUGCUCUAAAGGUUAUGGCAGAAAAUCUUCCAGAAGAAGAAACCAAGGGCUUGAAACAUUUGUUCAACAACAUUGACACGGAUGGAAGUGGCACAAUCACAUAUGACGAGCUCAAAACAGGAUUGUCUAGGCUAGGAUCAAAGCUUACUGAAUCAGAAAUACAACAGCUGAUGGACGCUGCUGAUGUGGAUAAGAAUGGGACCAUUGAUUGGAUGGAAUUCAUCACAGCUACUAUGCAUCGGCAUAGACUAAACAAAGAGGAGAAUCUGUUUAAGGCAUUUCAGUACUUUGAUCGGGAUGGCAGUGGAUUUAUUACAAGAGAUGAGCUAAGAGACGCCAUGACCCAGUACGGAAUGGGGGAUGAAGCUACUAUUGAUGAAGUCAUUGAUGAUGUAGAUACUGAUAAAGAUGGGAGAAUUAAUUAUGACGAGUUUGUAGCCAUGAUGACGAAAGGAACAGUAAACUGACUGGCAACAAAGAUGAAAUUAGUUACUUGUUCUUAAGAAAUGAAAGCUCUCUGGUUUUCAUCAGUUUCAAGCACCUUGAUCGGAUAUUCCCAUCCCCUCUUAGCGCAUUUUAAUUGUAUGCGCCUUUUCUAAAGCUGUUAAACUGCUUCCACUAUGGCAGUGGUAAGAAAUAAUGGCGGGUUGUAUGUAUCUAGUUACAUUUGUGCUCGAGACAGAGAGAGGGGUCUUCCUCCUCUUGAGUUUGUACAUACAAAGUUCAUUACAACCGCAUUCAUAAUAAAUU